UAGUAAAAAGAAGAAAACUGAAGAAAAUGCUUCUUAAAAGUAUAAGUAAAAUUCUACAUAAAACAUAUGUUUGCAAUUUCUUACCACAUAGAUAUUCUGCUUUAUUUAUAAAUGGACUAAAAGCUACAGAAAAUUUUGUAUUUUUACUCCCACACAUUGACUUCCCUGAUCGGUUGAGUGAUAAGGAUGUUUUAUUGAGAAUGUUAAAUAAAAGGAAGUCUAAUUUUGAUGUGGACAAAUUGGAAAACCUUUGGAAUGUUUAUAUUGAUUUGAAGAAACAUAAAACAGAAUGUGAUAAUAGACGAAAUGAAUAUUCUAAACAACUGAAUGAAUUGUAUAAACAUGAAACUGAAGGUAAUAAGAUAGAAAAGUUAAAAAUUCAAGUGAAUUUAAUAAAAGAAAAUUUAAAGAACCUUAAAGCUCCAUUAUGGGCAGCAGAGGAAGCUGCAAUUGUUGAAGCACUACACUUGCCCAAUUCAUUGCAUAAUCUUACUCCUGAUAAUGAAAAUAAACUAAUUUAUCAACACAAACAACCUCCAAAGAGUUGUAAGAAUCAUUCAAUAAUAGGUCAGGAGCAAAAUUUACUAAUGUUCAUGAAUAAUAACAAUUAUUACCUAACAGGUGAUGCGGCUUUAUUUGAGCUAGGAGCUAAGUUUUAUUUUAGCAAUUUUUUAAAAAGUUAUAAUUUUAUUCAAUUCUCAUGUCCGGAUUUUGUUAAAAGUUUGAUUGUUGAAGGAUGUGGUAUAGAUCACACUGAUCCUAAUUCCACAUUUAUUUUACAUGAUAAUGAAAAUAGUGAAGUCAAUGCAGAUAAGCGUAUGCAUUUAACUGGAGCUGGUUCUUUAUGUGCAUUUUUUGCAUAUCACGCUAAAAAUGUUAUAUACAGCAAACUUUUGCCGCUGCAAUAUUUUUCUAUGGGUCGCCUUUAUGCACCAAGGGAUAAUAAGGAAAACACUUUGUUUAAUGUCAGUCAGUCAUCAGUUGUGCAAAUGUUUGUUGCUACUAAAGAUGGUUCAGAUCUCGAUGCUCAGCUCAAUAAUGUUAUUGAAAUUAUAAAGAAUUUGUACAGCAAAUUAGACUAUCACUUCAGAUUAGUUUAUGUAGCGGCAGAUAAAUUGCACAAUUGGGAGUCAUUAAGAGUUUCUAUUGAAAUGUACUCAUCAUCUUUAAAAGAAUACAUAGAAAUUGGUAAUGUAUCUCUGAGUGGUGAUUACAUCAGUAAGAGGCUCAUGUUCACUUAUACUGAAAAUAAACAAAAUAAAUUCCCUCACAUCCUCUCUGGUACAAUAUUGAAUGUACCAAAGUUUUUAGGUUGUGUAUUGGAACAAGAUGCUGACUUUGUUAUACCUCAGCCUUUUAAGGUGGAAAAUUGGAAACAAAAAACAAUAUGUUAAUACUGAAUAAAUGUAUGUAUUACAAAAAAUAAAAUAGAAA